UGUCCCAGCAGAAGCAGCGUGGCUCAGGUGUGGCCAGACGCUGGCGUGAGUGAGAAGAAGACAUGUCUCACCUCAGGGUCCCUUGGAAGUCAAUGCUGGGCAAAGAGCCACCAUUUUUUCUGCUACCCCCACGGAAUGCCACCAUUUACAAGGGUGAGACAGCAACAUUCCUUGCCAAGGUCAAAGGCCAACCAGAUCCUGAAGUGGGGUGGCAUAAAGGGGACCGAGUCCUGACGGAGGGGGGAAGACUCCAUUUUGAGAAGGUCGGCCAAGGCACCCACAUCUUCACCAUUCAGAAGGUCACUCCAGAGGAUGCUGGGAAAUUCCGCUGUGAGCUCCAGAACAGCGCGGGCACCCAGCAGAUCACCUUCAGGCUGGAGCUCAAAGAAGCAGCCGACCGAAGCAGAGUGUGCCACCCAGUGAGGCGAGUGCAGAGCUGGAACGAGAGCCGCCCUCGAAUCAUCACACGGCUGCGAUGCCAGACGGUUUGCAGAGGGGAGACGGCCGUCUUUAGGGUCCGAGCAUCGGGGAGACCACCGCCUAAGGCCACCUGGUUCAAGGACUCCAGAACGCUAGAAGGCAGCACUCGCAUUCGACUCUCGGAGAUGGCCGGGGUCUUCCAGCUGGAGAUUGAGGUGGUCCAAAAGGAAGAUGCAGGGACAUACAUCUGUGAGCUGAGGAACGUGGCCGGUAGAAUUGAGAGCACGGCGUGGCUGCAGGUGAUGGGUGGGAGCCCAUCAGUGACAUCAGGACUGGACAGCGAUGACAGACGGAUUGUCUUGAAGGGCAAGAGCUCGGCGCCGCCGAAGCAGCAGGCUGGGAACAGAGGACUGGACGGAGUGACCGGUGUCUCCAAUGCUGUCCUGAGCGCCCCUCGGCCAGAGCCUCCGUCCUUCUGCUUGCCGCUUGUCGACUGCUCCGUAGACGAGGGCUGUGACAUCGUCCUCGAGGCAGCUCUGCAGGGGAGCCCACCGAUUCACACCUCCUGGCUGCACAAUGGAGAGCCUGUCCAGUUUGGCAAGGCCAGUUUCCACAGUGGGGUGGCACGGCUCAUGGUCAGGGAGUGCCUGCCUGAAGAUGCGGGCGCCUAUACCUGCGUGGCAGAGAACAGAGCUGGCAAAUGCUCCAGCAGUGCGGCUGUCAGUGUGAGAGACUUUGAGAGCCUCAGCAGGAAGCCAAGUAUGCCCAACACUCCCGCCAGUGUGCCCGCCUCCAGCCCGAGACCCAAGGCCAGCAGCCAAUCCAUGGUGUUGGAAAACAAGACCACCGUCAGAGCAGCUCCAAGAGUCAGCGAGCGUCCUCAGCCCCCAGCUGGCCGACCCCACAUAUCUCAGACUCGCUCAGGGGCGCUGACUCUGUCCUGGUCGGGCCCCUGCUACGAUGGUGGCAGUGCAGUCACCAGUUACGUCGUGGAGAUGCACCAGGAGGGGGCCAACAACACGGAAACCUGGAGUGUACUAACCGCCACCUGCCUCAGCACUUCGUACCGCCUGCCCGCUAGCCUGCACCCACAGGGCAAGUGCCACUUCAGGGUGAGGGCCACCAAUGCGGCCGGAGUGAGUGAACCGAGCCUGGAGACGGAGCUCAUCAGCAUGGACAGUGCGGAAGAGAACGGCACAGAGGAGCCCCCGCAGUACACAGACGUGUCCAUCAACUCCACACAGAAAGUGAGCGACGCGUACGAGCAGCUGGAGAAGCUGGGCGUAGGAAAAUUUGGCAAUGUCUACAAGCUCCGGCACAAGACGACAGGCCACAUCUGUGCCGGAAAAUUCUACAAAGCCCGCCUGUCCAAGGAGAAGGCGGCCGCGCGGCGGGAGAUCGAGCUCAUGAACAGCCUGCAUCACCCCAAACUCGUGCAGUGCCUGGCCGCCUUCGAGAGCCACUCGGAGAUCGUCAUGGUGAUGGAAUACAUCGCUGGGGGAGAGCUCUUUGAACGGAUUGUGGAUGACGCGUAUGAGCACACGGAGACCACCAGCAUCUGUUACAUACGUCAGAUCUUGGAGGGUCUGCAGUACAUGCAUCACAAGAACAUCAUCCACCUGGACCUGAAGCCUGAGAACGUUGUGUGCACCAGCCGCGCGGGCACACUCAUCAAGAUCAUCGACUUUGGCCUGGCCAGCAGACUGGACCCCAAGACUCCACUGAAAGUGAUGCACGGGACCCCCGAGUUUGUAGCUCCUGAGGUGAUUGCCUUUGACCCAGUGGGACUCUCAACGGACUUGUGGAGCGUCGGCGUCAUUUGUUACAUUCUGCUGAGUGGCGAGUCUCCCUUCCAGGGCAGCAGUGACACAGAGACACUGGCACUAGUGACAGCGGCGCAGUGGCAGUUUGACGAGGACACCUUUAGAGAAAUCAGUGAGCAAGCCAAGGACUUCAUCAGCAGCCUCCUGAAGAAGGACAUGAGGCAUCGGUUGACCAGUGAGCAGGCCCUGGCACACCCCUGGAUGGACACCCAGUGGACUGUGGACUCGCAGGGCAUGAAGAGCCUGUCCAAGGAACGGAUGAAGAAGUUUCUUGCCAGACAGAAAUGGCGGAAAACCGGGAAGGCCCUUCUGGCCCUGAAGAGGAUGACUCUGCUUUCCAGCAAGCAAGAUGCCACACCGUCACCCACAUCAGUGCCAGAGAAAGAGGAGCCCACCUUGAGCCCUGAGGAGAAACUGGCAUUUGGCUCUUUGGAGACGGUCCGGCGCUGUGUGCCCCACUUUAUCAAGCCCCUCCAGGACAUCACAGUGGCUGAAGGAUCUGCAGCCCACUUCCAGUGCCGUGUCCAAGCCAACCCCGCACCACAGGUCUCGUGGCUCCUCGAUGGCCGCCCAGUGACAGAGUCCGCGCACAGCCGCGUCGCACACGAGGACCAAGGCGACUUCUCACUGCAGCUCUCCAGCGUCUCAGCGCAGGACUCGGGUCUUUACUCCUGCAGAGCCACCAACAGCCAGGGGGAGGCGCUCAGCUCGGCCAGACUAUCCGUCGUCCCUGCCAAGAGGUAGAAGACGCGCCGGACUACCGACAGAGCGGCCACUGGCCACCUAUACAGCCGCCCUCCUCGGCGACCGUUUUCUCAGGGGGUCCACCAGUCCUGGCCCGACCCGACUCGACAGCUAAAGAAGAAAUACGAGGCGCGCUCACGUCUUUGAUUCCGGGUGCGCGCGUCCCACUGACCAUCGCGCAAGUCAGUCUGAAAAAGGCGUGCCCGCGGGCUGCGCGUGCAAGUUUAUGUUCAUGUCAUUAGGAUAGGUUUUGUGUGAACAUGACAGUCCCCCCCCAAACAACAGGGCUUCGUGCACACCCUCUAGAAUCCUUCCCCUCCAUCAUCCAUUUUUAAACCCACUAAUGCAGUGCAGGGUCGCGGGAGCCUCUCUCAACAAGCAGUGGGCACAAAACAGGAAGAAGCCCAUCGCUCCGUCGAUUUUCUAACCUGCUUUUCCAGUUUAGGUGCGGUGCCAGUCUCGGCUACACGGGUGGCAAGUGCAUUGCUGGGCACGCACACGGCAAACUUAAGGGCUGCCAGCUUAACAAAGUUGCGCGUUCUUGCUAUGACUCUUGUCGCUGCCCACCAUCUGCACGCCGGUAGCCGACAGAGGACAGGCGGGGGUCUCAAACACAGGGUCGGCUCUAGCUAAUUUGCUACAAUAAGCGGAGCUGUAAAUGUCCGUCCAGACAUCGGAGUUUUGGGGGCAAAGAGCUUGAGUUUGGGGGGAUUGGGGUCCCUCCUGGUGUUUUAAGCUCUCAAGUAUGCCAUUUAAAUACAGAGGAGUCCCCGAGUACAGAUAAAAUAUGAAAUGGGGUCUCCCUUGGAGGAUCCAUCGUGCAAAUAUACUGGAGGGGUUGUGAAGGUAAUUAUUAAAUUCCGAGACCCCCCUCCCCCCAGACUCGCCCACUUCACCGGAAUGGUAGAGCUGGUCCUGCUCGUACCCAUACACGUGUGUGUGCUGUUUGGGGGCAGCCAAGUCUCACAUAGAAGGGAGUUUUUUUAAGUAACCCCCUUUAUUCAACAGCCAACUGUCGGACGAGACCACCCCUCAGUGGGUUAUCAGGAAGGGUCGCCCGUUGAUGACGCCACACUCAUUGCAAUUUGAAGUAUUGGGCUCUUGUUGCAUGGGCGCCCAUAAAGACCCCCGCUCCUUUUUUAAUGACCGCGGCUGCACCCCCAGAUCCCCCGUUUCAUUCAUAAACAGCUUGUUGCCCCCCCCUCCCCCCCCUCCCCGAAUGGACACCACGAAUAUAAGAGUACAACGUCAGGCUGAUUUUACUUACCAAAAACAAUACAGUUGGGUGGUCCGGGUUUUCGAGGGGCUGUCAAGGUUUCACCUUCUUCUACUUUGCCCUGUAAGGUCGCGCGCCUCGGGCUGUCGGGUCUUUGAAUGGUGGACGGAAUUCUUCCAGUAGCACUUCACUCUUCGACGGGGGCUUCUCAGUGUUGUAAUGCCUCCGAGGGUCUGUCACCUCAAAGCGACAUUGUGUUCGGCUUUGUUAGCGGCUCAUCAAUAAAUCCUGUUCGCCUCAAA